AUGUACGCAGUCAAUUGGGUAUUUGCGUUUGCCCUUUGGGCAGGUCUCGCUGCUGCAGCACCAAAAUGCAACCCAUCCAAGUACAUUACCGUCGAGACAGCAAAUGGACCGAUUACUGGCCAUGUGGCAGACAAUUCGCCGUGUGUUGUCGAGUAUCUGGGUAUCCCGUAUGCGAAGCCUCCCGUGGAAAAGUUGAGGUUCGCUGCUCCUCAGCGCAUCACCUCAUACUCAAAGAAACCUUUCGAGGCGGCAAACUUUGGAUAUGAUUGUCCAUUGACGGCUAGCAAGAAGGUCGACUAUCCUGAUAUGACACCCCAAGCCCAGCAGAUUAUUUCAUACUUUGCCAGCGCUGCGGGAACUCCUCAGAGUGAGGAUUGUUUGACACUCAAUAUUUGGUCCAAGGCUACUCCCAACUCUGCAAGAGCAAACAAGCCUGUGUUGGUAUUUUUCUAUGGUGGACGUUUUGCCAUUGGAAACACCGACAGUCCUUUCUACAACGGUAAAUACUUUGCUGAUGCUGAGGAUAUUGUUGUCAUCACGGUCAACUACCGCAUCAACAUCUUUGGCUUCCCCGGUGCACCUGGUGAGACCCAAAACCUAGGUCUGCGCGACCAGCGGGCUGCUGUUGAAUGGAUCCGGGAUAACAUCUGGAGAUUCGGUGGCAACCCGUCAAAGAUCACUAUCGCCGGUCAAUCUUCUGGUGGCGUUGCUGUUGAUUACUGGACGUACGCCUAUAAGAAGGAUCCAAUCGUCAAUGGAAUUAUCGCCCCUUCUGGAAAUGCUUUUAGUUUCCCUGUCAAUUCCGCUGCCGUCCAGGAGAAGAACUGGAAUUCUGUCGUGUCAGCUGUUGGCUGUAACUCCACCAGCGAUGUCAUGGCUUGCAUGCGCAACGUUGACUGGGAGGAUAUAAAGAAAGCCGCUGCUGCCAUCAAGCCUGCUUCCAGCUCCAGCGUUCUUCGAUCCAUCCCGCCAUUCUAUCCGAAACCAGAUGGUGAGAUCGUCUUCUCCGACUACGUUAGUCGAACCAAGAGCGGAAACUUUGUCAAAGUCCCUAUCCUGUUCGGCAACAACAACAAUGAAGACGGAUACUACCGUAUUCCAGCCUACGGCAAUGGCGUUACACCGACCGAUGCCCAAGUCAAAUCGUUUCUUCUCGAGUCCUUCACCUGCCCUGUAUCCUACCAGGCCAAGGCACGAAGAGAUCACAAUGUACCAUCCUGGGCAUAUCGAUAUCUGGCAGACUGGGAUAACACUAGGUUAUUCCCCACAAGUGGCGCAUACCAUGGUGUUGACUUGCACAUGAUCUUUGGCGCAUCUGGCGAUGUCAGUGGGAUCGAGCCAUCGGCAGACCAGAACAAGCUCACCAAGAUCAUGCAACACGCAUGGUUCUCUUUCAGCGAUGAUCCUUCAAAUGGUCUCAGUAAGCUUGGAUGGCCUAAAUUUGAUCCCAACCGUAAGACCUUGAUUGAGCUGGGUAAGGAUACGAAGCCUCGCGUUGACUUUGUGAAGCCCUCAGUCUACGACGCUGCUUGCUCAACAGUCACGAUGGGGGCACUUUCGACUUCUUCAUAG